AAGUUGCUGCCCGCACUUCUUCUACCCACCGAUAGCUAUCCAGAUCGUCACAACGACUUCUCUGUAUCCCCCUCUUGCAUUCUAGGAUGAUCUGAUCGCGUUUCCAGAUCUCAUGAAAUAUGGGAAUCCCCAUGGACGAUAAUAUCCACGCUCCAACUGUCCCCUCUGGACCUGCGUCCGGCGGGGAAAAAGAGCGUAUCGAAGCAGAGCUGUCGGCUCUCAGCAGUGUUUUGAGUUCUCAUGGCGUGAACAUGAACACUUCCCUUACUACCUUCGACGGCUUUCCCCGCGACGACAUCGAUAUCGCUCAGAUCCGAACGACCCGUGCGCGGAUCAUCCACCUGCGAACCGAUCAUAAAGAAGUGAUGAAAAGAUUGGAGGGCGGGCUGCACGAGCAUUUUGCCAAUCUCCAGCGCGCUCAAGGCGCUACAGCCACAGAUACAACGGCUAUGGGGAAUGCACAGGCUGCAUCCACCGGGCAACCGGCCCGUGAUAAUCUUGCAGAGACCGGAAUGCUGGGCCGUCCGUUUGCAAGAGUAAACAGCGUGGUCCCCGACAGCCCUGCCGCUCAAGCCGGGUUGCAGGCCGGAGACACGAUCCGAAGCUUUGGGGGCGUCCACUGGAUGAAUCACGAGCGCCUGUCGAGGGUGGCACAGGUCGUUCAGCAGAGCGAAGGGCGCCCUUUAACCGUCAAAGUCGUCCGUAAAGAAGAUUCUGGUCCUGAUACUACAGAGCUGGACUUGCAGCUCACACCGCGGCAAGGCUGGGGUGGUCGAGGUCUACUAGGAUGCCAUCUGGUUCCUCUAUGAGACCUGAUUCGCUCUCGCGUGUCACAAUGCUCGAGACAAGAUACAAAAAAUCAUGAUGCUGAACGAAUCAAUGAAUCAAUAAUUGAUGAUCGACGACCCCUGAAGCUGUGAUUACUAAAGCUUCUUCAGGCUACCUUGCCGGU